AUGACCAACUUCGACGAGAUGGAGCAGUUUGUCAACUGGGACAAGGCCAUUGACGCCUUUCAAUACCCCCAGGGUGACAACACCCUUGUCGGUCUGGCAGCUGACAACGAGAACAUUGAUCUUGUUCUUGGGAAUGUCAGUGAAGACGACUUUAGCUUUUGCGCCCUCCAGCACUUCUCAGACAACAACUUUCCUUUGCCAGAUAUGCCUGCUCCCGCAAUGGAUUUCACCACAACCGCCGAUGAUAUCUCCAGUCAAUUUCAGUGGGACACGCCGCCAUCACCUUGUGUCAACUGUUCUAUGGCCGGCUUCUCUUGUAAAAAGAUUCGAGAGGGUAUGUACAAAGAUUAUUGUACAACCUGUGUCGCCUUGAAGGUCGAUUGUAGCUUUGCUGUUGCCCCGAACGCUACCAAUGCCAACUCCUCAGUUGCACCUUUUGACAUCAACCCUUUCCUAGCAUCGGGUCCUCCAUUGUCCAACACCCUCCAGGAGGACACCCAGGAUGACUCUUGUCAGUCCUCUCGUAAUGCUUCUCGCAACGCCUCAGUUAGUGAUCUGGCUAGCGUGGGAGAGACAUACAACAAGGCCGCACCUCUUCCCAAGAUUGGAGCUCGAUUCUCUCGGGAGUCUGUUCGCAUUCUUAAGAACUGGCUUUCGACUCACAACCGCCAUCCUUAUCCUAGCGAUGAAGAAAAAGAGAUGCUGCAGCGCCAAACCGGCCUGAACAAAACACAAAUCACAAAUUGGCUUGCGAAUGCCCGUCGACGUGGCAAGGUUCAACCUCCUCGCUCAACAUCACCCCACUACACCAGCUCAUGGUCAGGCCCUAUGGAUAUUCCUCAACGCCGAGGAACACCAGCUCUUGAGGCCAUGAACCCACUGCAGCGUUGGGAGCACUCGCCCCCCGAGAACGAACCUGCGUCCGUCAGCGCUAUUGCGCGCGCCGUUACCGCAUCAUCCUCUGGAAUGUCGUCAGGACUUGAUAGCCCCUUCAGUUUAAGUUAUGCCGACGAUGGCUCAAGUAAAUCUCUCUGCAAUCAGUCGUCAGUGAGCAGUUUAGGAACUUCGCACUCAAGCAACGGCUCCCAUGGAUCGGCCUUUUCACACGGAUCCCGCAACUCAUGGGGAUCAUUCGGCUCAGCCCCAUUCAACAGCCAUGGCCGCCGCCGCCGCCGACGAAGAGCUUCGGCGAAAGUAGGCAAAGAAAAGACGAGUCUAGCAGUUCCUCUCAAGACUUUCCAGUGUACAUUCUGUACCGAGACUUUCCGAACUAAGCACGACUGGCAGCGGCACGAAAAAUCACUACAUCUCUCACUUGAGCGGUGGGUGUGCUCUCCCCAAGGCCCAAAGGCUGUCAAUCCCGAAACGGGCAUUUUGUCCUGUGCCUUUUGUGGCGAGGCCAACCCAGAUGAUGCGCACAUCGAAGGCCAUAACCACUCUGCCUGUCAAGAGCGCACCCCAGCAGAACGAACUUUCUACAGGAAAGAUCAUCUUAACCAACACUUGCGUUUGGUUCAUAAUAUCAAGUUUCAGGAUUGGUCUAUGAACUCGUGGAAGGUGGCUACGCCCGAGAUUCGGUCCCGGUGUGGUUUCUGUGGUAUCGUAAUGGAUACAUGGACUAUCCGUGUCGAUCAUUUGGCAGAGCAUUUCAAGACGGGUUAUUCCAUGGCGGACUGGAAGGGUGACUGGGGUUUCGAUAACCCUGUACUCGAAAUGGUCGAGAACUCUAUGCCUCCAUAUCUUAUUCAUCAUGAACGCACAUCCCCGUUACCAUACGUAGCCACUCAUUCCCCGCCAGAAUCACCUCGUAAUGCCUACGAGCUGAUUAAGUUGGAAAUGGCUUUUUUCACGCGGAACUACAAGGAUCAGCAUGGACGACUCCCGAGCGAUGAGGAAAUGAUGGUGGAAGGUUGUCGUAUUAUUUACGCCAGCGAAUUGUUGUCCCUUCAAGGUAUUGCAACGCGUCCAUCCUGGCUUCGUGAUAUUAUCAUGAGCUCAGACACGCUCCAGCAAAAGGCGAGAUUCGGUCCCUUACGUGGUGCUGCUGAAAACAGGCUGGCAUCUCUCAAAAUUAACGGCAAGGACAACUUGUUCGAGGAGUGCCCCAUGGAGGUACAACUUCAAGAGUUUGUCAAGGCCAAGAGACUACUGGGCCUAACAGCGAUGGACGAUGAGCUUCAGGAAGAGGCCUGUCACAUCGUUGGCCGGGUGGAAGAAGUAUCGACACACCCAUCAGAAGCCAUCGCUAACUGGCUUAUUCGCCUUGCUACGUCAUCCACGAACUGGCUCGCUCCUUUCCGUCGACGUGCACACUUGCCACGAAGCGAAGAUGUGGUGGACCAUAUCUGCCGAUCGACCGACCCUUCAUCUAUCGACUCGACCAUCCACAGCUACUCGCGCCUUGAGCGUGAGUUGAGGGACUAUCUCAUGCUACAACGAUCUACGGGCGUAGAGCCUACCGAUGAAGACCUUCAGCGACAAGCUCGUAUCAUUAUUUAUGAGUUCGACGACGGAUGGAACCAAACCGCGGCAGACAACGGAUCGUGGCUCGAGGAUUUCAAGAACAGACAUCCCGCAGCCAGCAAGAACUCACCGGCCUUUUCCCUUCAAGCCAGCACUGACUCGACAGUUUGUGGAACUGCGACCACCGAUGCUGCAACGUUGCUAUCUGGAUGUCCCAUGUCACUGGGAGGUGAUGAUAUGCUUGACAUAAGUAGUGGAAACUACCUUGGGCCAUACUUCCUCAACGAUGCUAACUGCUAUCGUCGACUGGCUAAGGAGCUCAAGCGAUGGGUAGCUGGUACUAUGUCGGUCAACAACCCUAACCGUCAUGUACCUAGCGAUCUGGAACUCCAGCACCAAGCACGCUGGAUCCUUUAUGACGAUGACGACCCUUGGAACCAGACUGCUGCAGAUAACGCAGAGUGGUUACAAAGGUUUAAGAGAGAUGCUGGUAUCCUCAAGACGGAGGGACCCGGUCUCCCCAUAACCGAUGGCUGGGCUCUCGAGUCAGGCGGUUCAGGAUUUGCGCCGCCAUAUGCUUGCCCUAAGGCGUCGCUCGGACCCUUCCCUGCAGACGCUCAGGUACCCAUGGGUCAAGGCGCUAAAUCCCUACCAGCAGUCAUCGCAAACAGCUAUAUUGAGAAGCUCACAUCGGAGGCUGCGCGACCAGCUGAGGUUUUCUGCUCACGAGAGUUGGAGCGUGGCCUUAUCAGCUACGUCGAGGAUCAUGUAGCCUGCAAGGCAUCUAUGCCCUCAGAUGCCAUGUUGCAGACACGAGCACGACGUAUUCUCGAUUCACAUAUUACACCAGCCGACGAUAUCGACUUGCUGAACAAAUUCAAGGACAUGGUGGCCAAGAGGGUGCCUCAUACUGCCCCUGCCCAGGAUGCGCUUGCGAAUGCGCCCGCGAUACCCAGCAAUAUGGAUCUCAACCUAUCAGAUGAGGAUGUAAACAACAUUCUGCAAGACAUGAAUUUCGAAUUUGAUGCCCAAGACUUUGAAGGAGUUACUAUGGAAGGGCUACAGGACGCUGGGGGCGUUAGCCUAGAUAUGACAGAGUUCAAGAACUAG